GCUGCAGACUUUGUUGCGUCGCAACACAAUUCCCUUCACAAUGAUAAGUUAGAAAUGUAGGAGUCAUCAUGUCAUCUACAUCAGGACCGCCUCUGCGCGCCCGCAGAGGCACAGGGAAACGCAAGAGGACUGUCGAGGUCCCAGAAGCCACGGAUCCAUCGUUACCCACAACGACCUCGCCAGGGCCAGUAGAGCAACCUCCAGGGCCAGGACCAGAAGUCAAGCUCGAAGAAGUGGGCGAAACCUCCACACCGCCACCCUCAAAGUCUCGACGGAGCGCAGCGUCCAAAGCGAAGACAAGACCAACGGCCAUCAAGAAGGUGUCUUCCUCGUCCUCCUCCGUCCCCGCCACCACGACGUGCCUUCUGGACCCAUGGCCACCCUACUUUACCUCCCUCGCCACCACACACCGCGCUCUGAACCUCGUCUUUACCUUCUGCUGCACGCGCAAGCACCUGGCCACGACCUUUGAGACCAUUCGUGGCGCUGUGGAGGGCCAUACCAAACGCCCGCUGCUGGUCUCCGACGUGGCGGCCAUCAUGGCGCUGCGCCCGGAAGGGAUCAACUUUGGCUACGUGGACGAGGUCAUGCUGCAGAUCGAUGUCAAGGGCGCCGAGAGGGAUGGAAACUUCCUCACGGGCCGUGGAGGCAGGGGGUUUAAGAACCAGGGGCUCGCGCCAGAUGCGAGCGUGGGUGGUAUCACGGGCCUCGAGGCCCUCGGCGCCAGGGGACAUCCCGACGACGAGGCGGCUCAGCAGGCGGCGGCGGCGGCGGGCAGGGAGGUGCUGUACUUUGAAUUUGUGGAUGGUGACCUCAAGAGGCAGGUCGCAUGCCGCAAGACGGGGGAGCCGACGAGGCCGACAAGAAAGCUGCGAGAGGAGGACCUCAAGAUGCCCGUGUACAGCCAGAAGCAGAUGAGCGAGCUGAUCGGGAAGAGGAACGCUAAGUUCGUCAGCGCGGUGAACGAGUUCAUCAACCGCUGUGUGACGGACCAGAUCGACCCGGAGAUGGCUCUCAGGAGCAAGGCGGAGGAAUUCAUGCCUGUGGAGCCCGAGAGGGAACCCGAGGUCGAGCCGAAGGUGCUGGAGAGCACGCUCCCCGACACGAUACCAAAGGAGAGGAAGAGCAUCCCCGAUAUCGUGGCCGAACUGAAGGCCAGCCCCUGGUACACGGGGCAGAUCGUCCCUGAUGGGCACAGGGUCUUUGAGGCGCAGGAGCCGGUGUAUGGUGACCUGGACUUCCUGCUAAGCCAGGGCCUCGUAAAUGCGCUGUACAAUGCCAAGAACAUCACCCAGUUCUUCGCCCACCAGGCUGAGGCCAUCAACAGCCUGCACGCCGGGCAUCAUGUGGUUGUGAGCACGAGCACGAGUUCCGGCAAGUCGCUGAUCUACCAGCUGCCUGUGCUGCACGCUCUAGAGCAGGAUCCAAACACGCGUGCUAUGUAUAUCUUCCCGACCAAGGCGCUAGCCCAAGACCAGCGGAGGAGCCUGAAGGAGAUGCUGACAUAUCUACCUGGGCUGGAGGACACGCUCGUGGAGACGUUCGAUGGGGACACCCCCUGGAAAGAGCGCAAUGCUAUUCGUGAUGGCGCGAGGAUCAUCUUUACGAACCCAGACAUGCUGCAUAUCACAAUCCUGCCGCAGGAGGAGCGGUGGCGGACCUUUUUGCAGAACCUCAAGAUCGUGGUGGUCGAUGAGCUGCACUAUUACAACGGCCUGAUGGGCUCGCACGUCGCGUUCAUCAUGCGCCGCCUGCGACGGAUUUGCGCGGCUGUGGGCAAUCGCAGGGUUAAGUUCGUAAGCUGUUCUGCCACGGUGGCGAACCCAAAGGAGCACUUUCAGACCAUUUUUGGGAUCGCAGAUGUCCGCCUCGUUGACUUUGACGGGAGCCCGAGUGGGCGCAAGGAGUUCUUGUGCUGGAAUACGCCGUUCAAGGACCCAGGCGACCCGACAAGCGGGAGGGGCAACGCCAUGUAUGAGUGUGCGAGGUUGUUCACACAGCUGAUCCUGCGGGGCGUGAGGGUCAUUGGUUUCUGCAGGGUGCGUGAGCAGUGCGAGAAGCUCACCGGCGCUGUCAAGCACGAGCUGGAGAGGCUGGGCCGGCCAGAAGUCGUGAACCGUGUCGUGGGCUACCGGGGAGGCUAUACGCCCCAAGACCGGCGGCGGAUCGAGAGCGACAUGUUUGAGGGAAAGCUUCUGGGCAUCAUCGCGACUACGGCUUUGGAACUGGGUGUCGAUAUUGGCAGUCUUGAUGCUGUACUGACUUGGGGUUUCCCUUACACAAUCUCUAAUCUUCGACAGCAGAGCGGCAGAGCUGGGCGGAGGCUCAAAGACUCGCUCUCCAUCCUGGUUGGCGAUUGCUUUCCUACGGAUCAGCACUUCAUGCAGAACCCAGAUGAGCUCUUCACAAGACCACAUGGAGAGCUGCAGGUGGAUCUGGACAAUAUGCUCGUCAAAGAGGGCCACAUACAAUGUGCAGCCUAUGAGAUGCCAAUACGGCCCAAGGACGACGCCAAGUACUUUGGCGAGGACAUCGAAAGCCUCUGUAAGGAACGCCUUGUCAAGGACGACUUGGGCUUCUAUCACACCCACGAUCGGUUCAGACCUCUCCCGUCCAAGUUUGUAUCGAUACGCGACACAGAAGACGACCACUUCGCCAUCAUUGACAUCACCCACGGACGCAACGUCGUGCUUGAAGAGCUCGAAGCCUCUCGCGCCACAUUCACCAUCUACGACGGCGCCAUCUUCCUGCACCAGGGCGUGACCUACCUCGUCCGCGAUUUCAACCCAGAGAAGCACAUGGCACGCGUCGAAAAGGUCAAAGUCGACUGGACCACCAUGCAGCGGGACUACACGGACGUCGACCCAAUAGAGACAGAAGCCAUCCGCAAGAUCAAAGGAUCCAUGUCACGAGCGUUCCACGGGACAAUCAAGAUCACCCAGGUCGUCUUUGGUUAUUUCAAAGUCGACAGGCGCAACAGGGUGUUGGACGCCGUCCACGUCGACAAUCCACCCGUCGUCCGCUUCAGCAAGGGCAUGUGGAUCGACCUGCCCAAACGAGCCCUCGAGAUCCUCGACUCGAGGCGCCUGCACGUCGCGGGCGCGAUUCACGCCGCCGAGCACGCCAUGAUGAGCAUGAUCCCCAACUUUGUCCUUUCCAUGCCAGGCGACGUGCGAACUGAGUGCAAGAACAGCCUGAAGGAGUUUGCGCGGCAGGCCACCAACCGCAAGCGGCCCGCGCGGCUGACCUUUUACGACGCCAAAGGCGGUGCGAGCGGCAGCGGCAUCAACACCAAGGCCUUUGAGCAUGUAGACUUGCUCCUCCAGCAGGCGCUUGCGCGGGUCGAGGCGUGCCACUGCCUCAGCGGGUGUCCCGAGUGCGUCGCCAGCGAGUUCUGCAAGGACUCCAACGAGGUGAUGAGCAAGGCCGGGAGUGAGGUGGUGCUCAAGAGCCUACUAGGCCUACACAUCGACGUGGACGCGCUGCCCAUGGGGCCAGAGGAAGGGUUUAACCGGUAUGGUCCUGCCGAACUGAUCGAGACGGUGGUCCUGGCCACGCCGGUGCGGCCGAGGGAUCGGAACGCGGUAAGGCUUAUUGAUGUAAAGAUGGAGGAGGUGGAGGAUGGGGAUGAGGCGACGGGCUUGGCGGGAAUUCCGGAGGCGAUCUCAGAAUUAGGGCAAGGAAGGGCCUCAGGCUGAGGACCGCCGCGCGCCGAGGCAGUCUCUGCCGAAAUGCUGACGGAACUUUCCACCGGAGUCGCGUCGUUGUCCUAGUGUUGCGUAGCUGAGCUGACGGCCGGACGGGGCUAUACCUGUAUAAUGUGCACCCUUUCGUCAUAUAUACCCACUUAUCGAUCCCGCGGUGUCGGAACGUUGUAUAUAGUCAGAGGUCUAGAACCAAUGUCAAGGGCGGUCAUCAUUCAAUGUACAUUUGGUAUUGAUUUACUUCAAGGUAGUUUUAUAUGAGAGAACAUGUGCGAGUCCU